CAAGAACGACUCGACCUUUCUUGCCGGGCUGUGGGAGGAAUCAGAACAUCUGAAGCCUUCUCUCGUUGAUUCUUGCCGCUUGCCGCAUCCCGAAACUGACAGAAGAAUCAACUCAGUGUUGUCUGAAACACCCUGAAUAACUCCGGACUUUUGCACCUUAUCGUGACUAGGAAUUUAUGAUUGUCGCCACAUCCUUCCACAUCAAUUCUCAAAGGUGGCUUAUCAUUAGAAUCACAAGUAUUACAGGUGGGACAGCCUGUCAGGAGGAGAGAGCGCGCCGUUGACAGGAGCUGUUCUUCACCUCUGACAAAACAGAAGAGAUUUUUAAAAAUAUGAGGAGCUUUUCAACUACGUCAGCGAUCUGUGAGAAUGUGGAGGGAGUCUCAUUUAAACAGAGGAGGGCAAGUUCUCCUUCAACAACAGAAUUAAGUGUCACCAUGAAUUCAUUUCCUGAGGGUUUACCACAACUGGACUACCGGGAAAGAGAACCCCCUCCUACACAUCAUAAAUAUCAUGCCACACUACAGAGCCUCAUUCCUUUCCGCUUUGGUUCUAAGUCACACCCGUUGGAUGAUGCCGGGUUCUUUUCCUUCACCACGUUCGCAUGGAUGACGCCCAUGAUGUGGAGACUGUUCCGGAACCGCCUUGACCGGAGUUCGCUGUCUCUGUCGUCUCACGAUGGAGCACACAACAAUGGAAAAAGGUUGCAGAGACUGUGGGAGGAGGAGGUAUCCAGGGUGGGCUCGGAGAAGGCAUCUUUGGGCCGAAUUAUCAUGCGUUUCCAACGAACCCGUUUAAUAGCCUCUUUCAUCAUCUCUGUCGCUUUUACCUUCUGUGUUUUUAUUGGACCGUCUGUCCUGGUAAAUGAGAUCCUGAACAUCAUAGAACAGCCACAGGAGUCUUCAACACUUGUUCAUAGUUUGGGCCUUUGUGUAGCCCUGUUCUUCUCUGAGUUCUUCAAGGCGUUUUUUGUCUCUCUGAUGUGGGCAGUGAAUAUUCGUACAGCCAUUAGAGUGAAGAGUGCUUUCUCCAUGAUGGCCUUCCAGAAGAUCAUCUCACUGAGGGUGAUGAAUAGUAUCUCUGUUGGAGAGACGAUCAAUGUCUUGACAGCUGAUGGCUAUCGCAUGUUUGAAGCAGUGGUGUUCGGAACCUUUUCUCUCUGUAUUCCUGUUCUACUCAUCAUGUGCAUUGCAUAUGCUUGUUACAUCCUGGGCUACACUGCUAUCAUAGGAGUGCUGAUUUACCUAAUCUUCAUCCCCAUCCAGUUCUCCAUUGCCAGACUGAUUAAUGUAUUCAGGAGGCGAGCAGUGACCGUGACAGACAGCCGUGUUCGCACCAUGAAUGAGGUUCUAACCUUUAUCAAGCUCAUUAAAAUGUAUGCCUGGGAAGAAUCAUUUGAGAAGAAAAUCACAGGUAUUAGGAAAAAUGAGCGAUCGCUAUUGGAAAAAGCUGGUUACGCACAGAGUAUGAAUUCUUCCAUAAUUGCCAUCAUUCCCACCCUGGCCACCAUCAUAACCUUCAUCGCUCACACAUUACUCAAGUUCCCACUCCGUCCUUCUACUGCCUACACUAUCAUCGCUAUAUUCAACUGCAUGAGAUUUUCUUUGGCUCUGCUGCCUGUUGCUGUAAAAUCAGUGGCUGAAGCCCAGGUUUCAUUGGCUCGAUUAAAGAAACUGAUGCUGACUCAGAAUCCAAAGUCGUACCUGACCACGAUAAAGAGUCAGCACUCAGCUAUACAGAUGGAGAAAGCUUCAUUCUCUUGGAGCGCACCUGAAAGCAGCCCAUCAGCCACCAACGGCACCACCAAUGGGGUAAAAGGAGUCAAAGAGUCAAAGAACCAAUUUCAGAAUGGCACUCAGAAAGGUGGAAUGCAUACAGAAGAACCCAAGCAAACUUUAAAGAACAUGACAUUUUCUCUACCCAAGGGUAAUCUGCUUGGAGUUUGUGGCAAUGUUGGAAGUGGAAAAACAUCACUGAUAUCCAGCAUUCUAGAACAGAUGCACCUGCUAAACGGCUCUGUGAGCGUAGACGGAUCGUUUGCUUACGUUUCCCAGCAAGCCUGGAUUUUUCACGGCACUGUGCAAGACAACAUCCUAAUGGGAGAGCCCUUUGACCAGGCCAGAUAUAACAGAGCUAUUCACGCUUGCAAUCUCAAACCAGAUUUGGCAAUUUUUCCCUUUGGAGAUAAGACUGAGAUUGGCGAGAGGGGUUUGAACUUGUCUGGUGGACAGAAGCAGAGAAUAAGCUUGGCAAGAGCAGUCUAUUCAAACAAAGACAUCUACCUCUUAGAUGAUCCUCUCUCAGCAGUGGAUGCACACGUUGGCAAACACAUCUUUGAGGAGUGCAUUAAGAAGGAGCUGAAGGGGAAGUCUAUCAUUCUGGUCACACACCAGCUUCAGUAUCUGGAGUUCUGUGAUGAGGUUCUCCUGUUAGAGAAUGGAGAGAUUACAGAAGCUGGGACACACAAAGACCUGAUGAAAGCAAAGGAUCGAUAUGCUCAACUUAUCAACAAUUACCAGCUGGAGCAGCCGAAUGAUCAGAACCAAGACCAAGCAGCCUCAGAAGUGAAAAAGGGCCCAACAGAACAAAAAGAGAAGAACCAAGAUAACAUCAAAAUGAAUGGGAUUGAUAAUCAAGCUUUCGAUAUGUCAGAUGAGAAGACUGGAUCAGAUGAUCUGCCAAAAGAAAAAGAAUCCAGAAACCAGCUGGUGACUCAGGAGGUCUCUCAGGAGGGUUCAGUCACGUGGAGGACAUACCAUCAAUACUGCAAAGCUGCAGGAGGGUACUUCCUGUUGUCCUUGGUCAUGCUGAUCUUUGUUCUGAUGGUGGGGAGUACAGCGUUCAGUAACUGGUGGCUCAGUUACUGGUUAGAUCAGGGCACUGGAUCUGCAAAUGUCACGGAUCCUGGAGAUAUCUCACAGAAUCCAGACAUUCAGUUCUAUCAGAUGGUGUAUGGGCUCACAGUGAUUGGCAUGAUCAUUCUCAGUGUCAUCAAAGGCUUUUCCUUCACCAAAGUCACUCUGCAUGCCUCCUCCAAACUUCAUGACACCAUGUUUAAGAAGAUCCUGGGCAGUCCAAUGAGUUUUUUUGACACGACUCCAACGGGUCGCAUGGUGAACCGUUUCUCAAAGGACUUGGAUGAGGUUGAUGCUGUGUUGCCCUUUAACAUGGAGAACUUUCUGCAGCCCUGUCUGAAUGUCACCUUCACCAUCGUGACCAUCUGUGCAGUGUUUCCGUACCUGCUCAUUGGUGUAGCAGUGCUCGCGGUCAUCUUCUCUAUUAUCCUCUAUGUGUUCCAGAGGAGCGUCAGAGAGAUGAAGAGGAUGGAGAAUGUUAGUCGCUCUCCAUGGAUUUCACUCACCACUUCCACCAUCCAGGGUCUGAGCACCAUCCACGCCUAUGACAAGAGAGAGCAGUACAUUCUACAGUUUAAGGAGCUGAGUGACAUCAACUCUAACCACUUCCUGCUGUUUAACUGUGGAACUCGCUGGCUGUCCUUCUGGCUCGACUUCAUGUCUGUCUCCAUCACCUUCGUGGUGGCGCUUUUUGUGGUCCUGAUCUCCAACGACAUUAUCAACCCUGCUUUAAAGGGUCUGGCCCUGUCCUACACCAUCCAGUUGACAGGGAUGCUUCAGUUUGUAGUGAAAAUGUCUACGGAGGUGGAGGCCAAAUUCACCUCGGUGGAGAGACUGCUAGAGUACAUCACUGGCUGUGUCUCUGAAGCACCCAGACAAAUCAAAGGCACUAAGAUUCCUGAGGGCUGGCCACAAGAGGGCGCUAUAACCUUUAAAGACUACACAAUGAGAUACCGAGAGAAUACUCCCAUAGUACUUGAUGGUGUCAACCUCCAAAUCCAAGCCCAUGAAAAAGUGGGCAUUGUGGGAAGAACAGGCUCUGGUAAGUCCUCUCUGGGUGUAGCUCUGUUCCGCUUGGUGGAGCCAGCAGGGGGAAGUAUUCAGAUUGAUGGAGUGGACACUGGUGCUUUGGGACUGCAGGUCUUGCGAAGUAAACUCUCAGUCAUACCACAGGAUCCUGUGCUGUUCAUUGGCACUGUCAGGUAUAAUCUGGAUCCAUUUAAUAACCACACAGAUGAAGAGAUAUGGAUGGCCUUAGAGAAGACCUACAUGAAAGACACGAUCUCGAAGUUACCGGAGAAGCUGCAGGCUCCAGUUGUGGAGAACGGAGAGAACUUCUCAGUGGGGGAGAGGCAGCUGAUGUGUAUGGCUCGAGCCCUGUUAAGGAACUCUAAAAUCAUCCUGCUGGACGAGGCUACAUCCUCCAUUGACUCAGAGACAGAUUCCCUUAUUCAACACACCAUUAAAGAGUCUUUUCAGCACUGCACCAUGCUGACCAUUGCCCACCGCAUUCACACUGUGCUGGAGAGUGACCGCAUCCUUGUCAUGGAUCUUGGAAAGGUUGCUGAAUUUGACCGCCCUGAAGUUCUGAUCCAGAGACCUGAAUCUCUGUUUGCAUCUCUGCUUGCAGCAGCUAAUAAUGUGAACACGUGAACUAUUGAAACAGUUGCACACAAUUACACACUGUUCACAGGAUAGAAAUUGCAUAUCCAGGAACAGCCAUGGCCUAAAGGUUAGAGAAGCGGGCUUGCAACUGAAAGGUUGUUGGUUCGACCCCCAUGAACCAGCAGGCAAAAUGUGGUGGGGGGGGAGUAAAUGAACAGUGCUUUCCCCUCCCUCCACACCCACAGCGUACGUAUCCUUGAGCAAGGCACUCCACCCCCCGGUGUGGUAAUGUGUCACGUGUUUAUACGUAGACAUAGUUUAUAUAUUAUACAGCCUAAUUUUUAUGUUAUUUUAUUUUAUUCUAUUGUGGGUACUGCUAAAUUUUUAUUGUGUGUAUUUGUGUUGUACGAAGCUACUGGAUACCUAAAUUUCCUUCGGGAUCAAUAAAGUAUCUAUCUGUCUGGCUAUCUAUCUAUCUAUCUAUCUAUCUAUCUAUCUAUCUAUCUAUCUACCUACUGCUGCUGCCCGCUGCUCCUGCAUGCAUAGGGACAUACAUGACAUAAAAUUCAGGGGAAAAAAACACAAGAGUAUCAACAUAUGUAUAAAUUUACAUUAAAUGAGGUAGUAUAUAUCUGAGGUAUUUGAAACAGAACAAAUGGCAUUGUAAACACAUGCUGUAGUGCAAAAAGAAAAUCUUUAGAAGGUGCAGAAUCGGGGGGAAUGGGGGCGGGGAUCAGGGUAUGAAUAUUGGCAGGUGAGACAACAUGGAGGGGUUAGCUGGCCAGUCCUUGUUACAUCACCCUCAACAACUUCAGUCUGACUGCAGGGAUGAGCAGAUAACUAAUUGAAACUGAAAACUGAGUCUUAUUAUCAACAUGACAGUAAGCUACAAUUCAUCUCUUAAAAUGUCGCUUGAAGUCCCUGCGGCUUGCCCCAGAGAAUUCAUUACUUCGACUAUCCAACCAGCAGUCGUCCGACUCAGGCAAGCCUUGCGAUGCAAACACAAUCCCAAUGUGGAUUCACCAAAACCGGAAGCUCAGUUUUCAAUGGUUGAAAAAAAGCACGUUCUUUGGCUGUGCAUAUAGUCAAGUAAUUAGCAGUUGUUUGGAUUAGUGAUCAUCUUAAUUCUGUUGCCUUAAGGGUAAAAAUAAAAUUACCUGCCACUAUGUUUAGCAACAGAAAAAACAACCUAAAUGAUCUGAAGUGGUAUUUCUUUUUUUUUUACACAAAAAACUGUUUUUUUGCUUGUCGAAGUAAAUUUUCUGCAUGUCAGGUAUGUCAAAGCAUACACAAAAUUUACUUUGAUAAGCAAAUGUGAGAGAUACAUCUGCAAAGACCAUGCACACACACUUGCAUACUGUCCUACAUGUGCAAAAAAGAGUUGAUUGAUUUAUGUUCUUUAAAAAUUUGAGAAGACUAGUAUUUUGUAGUUGAAUUCCUCAUUGUACAGUAUAUAGGAAUAUAAGAAUAUAUAAGAAUAUAUCACUAUGUUGCCAAAAAAGUUCAAGACCAUUAUUGUU